AAAGAGACCAACAGACACAAAGUCAUCAGUUCCCAGCAUCACUAAUAUACACUGCACCAUAUACAACACACUGCACAGAUGUACUGCAUUUUGGCUCUACUGCUCCCCCUGGUGGUGAGCUCUGCUCCUGUAUUUGUGAGAAUCCUGCCUCAGGACUGUGAUGAGAUCUCCAGGAAUGGAACUCAGCGCAGUGGCGUGUUUACAAUCUACCCUACAAGAGACAGUCCUGUGGAUGUUUACUGUGAGAUUACAGGCUAUGAUGAGCAAUCAGGAUGGACAGUGUUUCAGAAGAGAAUCGAUGGCAGUGUGAACUUCUACAGGACAUGGGAGGCGUACAAGAAUGGCUUUGGGAACAAGAGUGGAGAGUACUGGCUGGGGCUGGAGAACCUCUUCCUGCUGACGCACAAGAGGAACUAUCAGCUGAGAGUGGACCUGGAGGACUUUGAAGGGAUGAAGGUUUACGCCCUCUACAGCUCCUUCUCCGUUGGCUCUGAAACUACUGGCUAUCAACUGAAUAUUGGCGGCUUCAUCGAUGGAGGGGCUGGUGAUGCACUUUCCUACAACAAUGGACAGAAGUUUUCCACAAUGGACAGAGAUCAGGAUUCAACAUCAGCUAACUGUGCCAAAUUGUACCUUGGGGCUUUUUGGUAUAACUCAUGCCACUAUGCUAACCCUAACGGCAUGUACAUAAGGGGUUUUGAUAGUACAUAUUUCGCCAGUGGUAAUGAGUGGUAUCAAUGGAAAGGCUAUGAGUACGGGCUGAAGACCAUCACUAUGAAAAUCAGGCUUGUGCCUUAGAACCGCAAAACACAGUGAUUGGGUUUCCCAUGCACAAAAGCAGGGGGCGCUGGCUACGGUCUAAUUAGGCACAUUUUAUAAUGCCGUUCUGAAUUUAAGUUUCAUUAAUCUCAAAAUAAAGCUUCUGUAAUUGCUUUCUGUUUUGUUCUCAUUAUCUUGAUGUACCGUCUACAAAUGGUUGAUCAUUCUGAACCUUGUGUAAAUAUUAUAUAAGAUUUUAUGAAACUUUUAAAAAAACUCUCCGCUUUUUUAUUUACUUAUUUUCUUUGCAAAGAAAUAAACUGUUUCUUUUUAAAUCAUA